AUGAGCAGACCCCUUCUGACAGCCCUCGGCGCGCAGGCAGGGGCGCCUCUCCCUCCUCGGCCCCGCAGUGGAAAGUUAAGUUUGGAGAGGGUUGGCGAGAGGAACAUGGACAUGAAGAAGAGGAUCCACUUGCAGCUGAGGAACCAAACCCCAGGAGCUAACCGGGAAGCCUCGGAUUCAGAUGCAGAGGUGGAUGGUGUAGAUGAAGAGGAGAAGGAUGAAGAAGGAGAAGAUGAGGAGGAUGAAGAAGAUGAGGAUGGUGAGGAGGAGGACUUUGAUGAAGAAGAGGAUGGGGAUGAAGAUGUGAACGGGGAUGAAGAUGAAGACAAAGUGAGUGAGGAAGAAGAAUUUGGACAUGAUGGAGAAAUUGAUGAAGAGGAGGAGGAGAAGGAUGAAGAUAAGGACGAAGAAGUGGAAGAAAACAGAAAAGGUGAGAAGAGGAAGAGAGAAACAGAUGACAAAGGAGAAGAUGGUUAA